AUGACCUCGGGCGCGGAAGCGGGGAUUCGAGGAGGGUACACGGGCAACAGUAGGGGUGUUAUUGCUACUCUUGGGGCCUUCAUAGGGGUUACUUGGUACAAUUGCAUCGAGCUAAUUAUCCUCAUAUUGUGCACCUUCAAAAAGUAUCAAGGGGCUUAUUUCUGGAGCCUGCUGAUUACAACCACAAUAGGAGUUCUGGUGCACUCUAUCGGCUUCCUGAUUAAGGAUUUCGAACUCACGACAGCAACAUGGGUGCCGAUCACUAUCACAACUAUUGGAUGGUGGACAAUGAUUAUUGGCCAGUCAUUCGUUCUGUAUUCCAGACUGCAUUUUGUCAUCUGGGAUAAGAGGAUCUUCCGCUUUGUCCUUGGUAUGAUCAUCGCGAACAUAUUCCUGCUUUUAAUUCCGACGACCGUUCUCACAUAUGGUUCCAACUUCACGAGCUCCCAAAAAUUCCUGAAUGGCUAUAUCAUCAUGGAGAAGAUUGAGAUAAUAGGUGUUAGCGUACAGGAGAUCAUCAUAUCAAGCCUUUACAUAUACGGGACGAGAGAGUUGUUGAAGUAUAACAAAGAGGGAGAGAACCGAAGCAUUCUCUUCCAACUUUUCGGCAUCAACUUAUUGUUCAUCCUCAUGGACAUCGGUCUCAUCGCCACACAAUACUCGAACCUGUUCACCUACCAAACAACGCUCAAGGGCCUGAUAUACAGCAUCAAGUUGAAACUCGAAUUCUUCGUUCUCGGCAAGCUCGUGCGCAUUGCCAGCCGCGGUGGUAAGCCAGCGAAUGGCGAAAUCGAUGUUAGCGAAUUUGUCGACUCCUCUCAAGUCAACUCUGAUAUCACCCAUGCGAACAAUCCCAAUCCGCUGAUGCACCAAAACCAACCGCCACCCAACAUGCGCCGCGAAGAUGUCUCGAUCGCCAUGUUCGAACACUCCGACCGCAACGAUAUACUGGGCGUAGACUCGUCUCUCUCCAGCUCAUCAAGAGUCACCACCGAUUCACCCCCCCACGCCUCACCGUGA